AUGAACACGACGCGAUCAUUACGGCCGGCCAUCAGGCUCGCGCAACGCGCUUCGCGAUCAACACCGCGAGCUUCCGUAACACUCCCACAGCGCCACUUCUCGCAAUCGCAACCGCACCGACAACUAGGUCCACCAUUGAACAUACCAAAAUGGGUUUCGGAGAACGCGCACAUGCUCAAACCGCCGAUAAACAACUACUGCGUCUACAACGACGCCGUAACCGUAAUGAUAGUCGGCGGCCCCAACGAACGAACCGACUACCACAUCAACGAAACCGCAGAAUGGUUCUACCAACACAAAGGCGGCAUGCUACUCAAAGUCGUCGACACGACCCUCCCACCAGGCCAGCAAUUCAAAGACAUCCACAUCAACGAAGGCGACAUGUUCUUACUUCCGCCAAACACGCCGCAUAACCCCGUGCGCUUCAAGGAUACCGUGGGCGUGGUGUUGGAGCAGAAGAGGCCGGAGGGCAGUUUGGACCGCCUGAGGUGGUAUUGUCAGAACUGCGGGGAUAAGGUGUAUGAGGCGGCGUUUUAUUGUACGGAUUUGGGCACGCAGAUUAAGGAUGCGGUGAAUGCUUUUAAAGCGGAUACGGAGAAGAGGACGUGUAGGAGUUGUGGGACGGUUUGUGAUACUGCGCCGCAGCCGAAGAAGGCUUAA